UACCCAUUUGCGCUACACCGCGAACUGUUCUAGUAAGAUGCAAAACGCAUUAAAUUUGCAGCGUCGACUCCAUGUACCUGUCCACACGUCGCCGGUUGCUGCAAGACGGUCGCACAUAGCUUUCUCAUCCACGAAUGGCUUUGUACCAUCUGCAGUAGCGCUAGCCGACCCAUCGCGCCCGUCGGGUGGGCCACAUGAGAUAAAGGCACAAUUGUUAAGUGCAUUAGAAGGAUUGGACAGAGGCAUCUUCGGUGUACCGUCGGCCAAGAAAGCACGCAUCCUUGACCUCAUCGGCCAGCUUGAGCAACACAACACGCACAAAGCGCCGACCUCAAACCUUGACCUAAUUGCUGGAGAAUGGCGCCUUUUAUUCUCCACAAUCACCAUUACGGGCGUCAAGCGCACCAAGCUGGGCCUCCGUGAGUUCAUCCGGUUGGGGGAGUUCACCCAACACAUCGACACUGCCUCCCACACGGCGGUGAACCGCAUCGAGUUCUCCGUCAGCGGUCUGGGCUCCCUGCGCGGCGCCCUCACCCUGCGCGCCGCCUACCAGCCCGUGUCGGGGUGCCGGGUGGACAUCAGCGGCAUGCAGACGGAGCUGGCCCCCCCGCAGCUGCAGCAGCUGUUUGAGGCCAACCUGCAGCUGCUGCUCUCCAUCUUCAACCCCGAGGGACACCUGGACAUCACAUACCUGGAGACGGAGCAGCAGGCGGCAGCAGCGGCAGCGGCGGCGGCAGCGGGAACAGGAGCAGGAGCAGCGGCAGAGGGAGGAGCAGCAUGCGCGGCAGGGUUAUCAGGGGGAGCAGGAACGUCUGGGAGAGGUGCCGACGGGGGUGGUGUUGCGGCGGGGUCAGCAGCGGCGAAGGGCCCAGCAGCAGGAGUGGUAGGAGCAGCGGCAGGAGCGGCUGCAGCCCCCACCUCCGCCUGGCGUGUGGGGCGGGACGACAAGGGCAAUGUGUUCCUUCUGGAGCGAGUGAGGCGAUAGCGAGUGGCGGAGUGGAUGGGGAAUAAUGGUAGGAAGGAGAAGGUAGCGGGUGGUGGGAAGGCGAGUGGCGGCUGGGUAAUUAGGGAAUGCUGCCACCCGAGGGGCAGGGGUAGGGGCGUGAGGGGUGAGUGACUAAAGCUAUGUCGAGUGGAGUGGUGGCUGGUGGGCAUGCGGCUUGUGGAGUGGGGCAGUUGGCAGUUGGGCUGGGGCAGUUGGUAGCAGUUGGAGCGGGGCAAUUGGCAGUUGUACCUGUAUUCGGACAGUUGAAGGGAGCCCAUUCAGAGGCGGGAGUGAGAGAGGUGGGCGAGAGGGAGGUGCUGUGAGAGGAGGGAAGGGGCGCCUGCGUUGCUGAUUUGUAGCUAGCGUAGGAGGGGAGGGCAGGGAGAGGUGGGCGCUACGCAAUACAGUGUAGUUAGGACGAGGGGAGGAGAGGGUUAGAAGUCAUCUGGUCCCAGGACCGUUUCCCGCCCAUUUGGAAGGGGUUGGGGAGUGGGAUGGAGCCCAGCACCGAUUACUUUUGAGUGUCGUGUUGAGGGGCUAGCGAGCCAUGAGCUUACUGUUCCUUGCGCUGUAUAUAGCGCAGCUGCUUGUUUGGCGGCAAACAGGGGAUCCAUUACUGCUUGACGUGCAGGGUUGCUCCUUGUUUGGGCGACGCCUUUUGGAAACGACUAUACCCAGGUUGCUCCAUCGCCCCCAAUCGAUCCGUUGAAGUGGGGCCCUAACCUCGACUCUUGGGUAAAUGACUCCGCCACACGUGAUGCCAUGUAGCUGAG